AUGCCACAGUGUUAUGGUAAUCAAGAAAAGAAAGGCGGUGAGAAAUCGAAUGAUACUGCUACUGUCGCUACGACUGAAACUACAAAAAAUGUUCAGAUGGCUCUAAUGAUUUUGACAUACCUAUAUAAACGAGCCCUUGAACUUAAGGAAAGAGUCUGGAAAUUAGAUUUCUAUACUGCCU